CUUUUCUCUUUUUUUCCAUUUGAUUAAUAAUUCCUUUUGAAAACUAGUUCAGCCAAUGGGAUUAUGAGAACAGAACAAGAGAUGCCUUCCGUGCCGAUAUACGCAGAGACAGUUUUCCCUCUCUCUUGUCUUUAUUCCUUCUUCAUGUAUAUUUUAUGCAAUCCCACUUUUUACUAAAGCCGCUUCGAUUGGGAGAGCGAAAAAAAAACUGGACCAUAAAUUUGCUAUCACUCCCCCAAAUACACCACCACAAAUUUAUCAUUUAUCUCUUUUCCCACUUUUUUCAAGCCUCUGCUCCUAAUUUCAGACCGCCCGCCGUAUAUCUGCACAAAUUUACAAAUUUACCGGUGUAAAAUUCAAUAGAAACACUGUUCACUUCACGGUGAAAAUUUACCUGAAAAUCCAACAAAAACUAUUCAUUAUUUACCAAGAAAAGACGAAUUGCCUUAGUUUUUUUCUUUUAUUGCAAAAUUUAAUACUUUGCCAACAUUUGUGCGAGUAAUUUCUUCAACUCUUCACCAUAUGGUAUGAAAUUGAGCUUGAGACGCCAUUUGGAAUUGGCGGUUUUGCAACAGUAAAAUUUGUAAGUUUUGCUUGAGUGGCCUUCUUUUACUGCCCAAUUUAGUCUUUUGCAGCUUGUUAUUAAAAACAAGCCCUACAAAGUACAAGUUUCGCUCUUCUUAUUUGUCAAAACAUUUCGCUUACCCGUACUUUCUCGAAUUCUGCGGCCCAGCUAGAAAGUUAAAUUUGCCCAGUUUCAACUGUAACGGCUCUGCCAAUAUGCGCCUAAUUUGGUUUCAAUUAGAGCUCUUUACCCUCAAAACAGAUUCCAAUUUUUGAUGUUCCCAAUUAAACCUUUAUAUCUGUUAUCUUUACGUAUAGGUUUCCAAACCACAAAAUAAAGCCGCAAACCGAUAAAUUUUGGUUUUAUGAAUCGGGUCUAUUUUGUUUCUCUAACACCCUUUCCGAAUAAUUGACAAAUAUUUCAAUUAAAAUGUCACUUGGGUGCAAUAAAAGAUGACACUUUUUCAAACUUCAUUAAAUUUUUCCACGUGACUGAGUAUAGUUUCAUAAUAAACGACUUAAUAGUUUAUUUUGCCUAUAUCAAAAACUCUUUUAUUUUUGCUGUUCGCGUGAUUAUUUUGACCAUCAGAGAUGGCUUCUCACUUGAAGUGUUAUGAGUGCAAGUCUCUCUUCAUCCAGCCGCGCAUUCUUCCCUGUCGACAUUCUAUCUGCUAUCUCUGUGCAGUUCAGCUGCUCCGAAAGGGAAACAGUCAGCAGCAAGCGGGGGGUUCGAGUAGUAGAGGGGCGAUAGCAGGCUCAUCUGCCGACAACAUAGGAGGGGGAGGGGGAGGGGGGGAGGACGCCUCUGACAGUCUGAGUGUGUCGAGUGAAACUGACUCUGGCGUGUUUGUGAAUGGAAGUGCCAUCUCACACGACAGGAGUUCGAGACGCUACUCCAGCUCAGCUCUCCACAACAAUCACCACACACCUACGUCCUGUGUCAUAAGGUGUCCGUUGUGUCAGUAUGAGCUGCUGGCCGAUGAACAGGUGCUGCGAGAUCUGCCCCCCAACUACGAAGUGGCAGAAAAGGUCAAGAUAUUCCUCACCAACUCCAUCCCCCUCGCCAAGUGCCAACUCUGCGCAGAUAAAGAGAUAGCACUGGAGGCUACCAUCUUCUGUGAGCAGUGCAAGGUCUACUACUGUUCCAAGUGCAAGGACACCUCCCACCCCAGCAGGGGUCCCUUCCUCACACACAAUGUAGUCUCCGCCCAUCAGUGGUUUCUGGCUACUCUCAAAAAUGUACCAGGGUCCAAAUGUGUGAUGCAUUCUACACAGUGUGUGACCUACUACUGUCUGGAUUGUACCAGACUGAUCUGUGUGCAGUGUCUAGAGGAUGAGAGCCACUCCAAACACGACGUCCAGGCCAUCUCGGCCGCCACCAAAAUUCUCAAGAGCGAGAUUUCCCAAGGACUCAACUCUUUGUCUGAGAAAGCGAAGCAAGCGAAGGACCUCGUCGCAAACUUCAAAGGGUCUUCCGAAAGUCUUCAGGAGGACGCAGUGUCCUUCGAAACCAGAGUGGUCUGCGAGUUCGACGCCGUAAUCGAGGCACUGCAACGUCGAAAAGAACAAUUGAUAGCUGAGCUCGAACGAGAAAAGCAGCGAAAGCAGCAAGUGUUCAAAAAGAGCAGUCACGAAUGCACACAAUACUUGAGGCAGACGACCGGUCUGAUCGAAUACUGUCUUGAGGUUCUUCAGGAGUCGGACCAAAUAAGCUUUUUACAGAUUUCGGGACCGGUGAUUAAACGUGUGUAUGAAGCUGACAUGCAGUGGCGCCGAAAACUCCACGAAGAAGGCGACGACUCGAACCGCUCGUUUCGCUACAAAAUAGACUGCUCACAUGUUCGUAAACUAGCCGAGGAGCUGAACUUUUGCAAACUCGAAACUCCUACGACGCCGUUGAUCGUAACCGACGAGUGUUACGCCGAAAACAACAGCGUUUCGUUCUCGUGGCGCGCACACUCUUCUACUUGGGUAGAUGGGUACAUUUUGGAGAUUGAUGAUGGAAAAAUGGGUAGAUUCAGGGAAGUUUAUCGAGGCAAGGAAACUGUUUGCACUAUUGACGGGUUACAUUUCGGUAUGUCGUACAGAGCGAGAGUUCGUUGUUUCAACGAGUGCGGUGUAAGCUCGCACAGUGAUGUCGUCGCGCUGAGCACUUCAAAAGUGGCUUGGUUUACUUUGAACGGAGAUGACGCUCACAGCGACCUAAUUCUGUCGAACGCGAACUCGACCGUUACGAGCAGCAGUUUCGACGAACGAGUAGUUCUCGGAAACAUUGGAUUUUCGAAAGGUAAACACUACUGGGAAAUCACGAUUGAUCGCUACGACAGCCUACCUGAUCCCGCGUUCGGUGUAGCACGACAAGAUGUUCCUAAAGAUUGCAUGCUUGGCAAAGAUUCCAAAUCAUGGGCGCUUUACAUCGACCGGAAACGCAGUUACUUCAUGCACAAUAACGUUCAUUCACAAGGAAACAGCGGAGGUAUCGGCCUGGGAAGCGUGAUCGGAGUUUUGAUCAACCUGGAAAAAUACUUGCUCUCGUUUUUUGUCGACGGGAAAUUUUUGGAUACUUUUGUACUACAUGAUGUUGGGGGAGUUUUCUACCCAGCUCUAAGCCUCAAUAGAAAUGUGCAAGCUACGAUUCAUACGGGCCUCAACCCUCCAGAUUUCAGCUAAAAUGAAACCCCAGAAAUAUGCAAUACAGCCUGUUUGAAUUGAAGACAAUAAAUUAUCAGGGAAAGCUCUAGAAAUAAAAAAUCAUGGGAAACACGGACUUGUUUGAACUGUUCAUCGCAUUACUUUCUGCGUAGUACUUAGUCAGUUUUUCAUUAGACGUUUAAAGAUCAUAGAUCAUCAUGAUAUUUACUGACCCAAUAUUGAAUUUGACAAUGCGUGCUUUUAACAAUCAAAAACUAUUUUCAA